CUUCAGGCGUGAUGGCAGCUGUAACACUAGGAGGAGUGCGACGCUGACAUUCACUGUCUGGCCCUCGGAUGACACGCAUGAAGUGUGUGGAGCUCCAGCUGAUCUGAUUGACUGCUUUAGGUCGUCAUCAGAUUUGCAGAUCAAUGGCUUUGACCUUUGUCCUGAUCACACAGCGGAGAGUCUAAUAUCACGCUUCAUGCCUGCAGUCUCAGUAUGGAUCCCGUGGAGCAUAAGUACUUCACUGUCAUUGAUUAUGUGAUAUUUGCGUUGCUGUUGGUGGCCUCUAUGGCCAUCGGGCUGUACUACGCCUUCACUGGAGGACGCCAGAGCACCACACGAGAGUUCAUGUAUGCAGACAGGAGUAUGAAGUGCCUGCCGCUCUCUCUGUCCCUCAUGGCCACCUUCCAGUCAGCCGUGGCCCUCAUUGGUACGCCGGCUGAGGUUUACAGCAAUGGCACGCAGUACUGGUUUAUCGGCUGCUCUUAUAUUCUGGGUCUCCUGAUACCAGCACACAUAUUCAUUCCUCUGUUCUACAGACUACAUCUCACCAGUGUUUACCAGUAUUUGGAGCUGCGCUUCUGUAAAGCCGUCCGUAUAUGUGGCACUGUUACGUUUAUUUUUCAGAUGGUCAUUUAUAUGGGUGUUGGCAUCUAUACACCUGCUCUUGCAUUGAAUGCAGUUACUGGUUUUCCUUUAUGGGGAGCAGUAUUGGCGACUGGGUUAGUGUGCACUCUUUAUACGGCACUGGGUGGGCUGAAGGCAGUGGUCUGGACCGAUGUUUUCCAGACAGUAGUGAUGUUUACUGGUCAGCUGGCCGUCAUCAUUGUAGGUGUUCAUCAGGCUGGUGGUCUCUCUGAUGCCUGGGUGAAAGUCAGAGAUGGUGGACUCAUCUCUGGGAUUGACCUGAAUCCAGACCCAACGGUGAGACACACGUUCUGGACGUUAGGUGUUGGAGGAGUGUUUCUGAUGCUGUCUCUGUAUGGAGUGAACCAGGCUCAGGUUCAGAGAUACCUCAGUUCUUGUACAGAGAAAGAAGCCAUCAUGUCCUGCUAUAUGGUGUUUCCCUGUCUUCAGGUGGCUUUAAUGCUCAGUUGUCUGAUGGGGCUGGUCAUGUACGCCUGCUACGGUAAUAACAGCCUUCUAGAACAGCAGUAUAUCACGUCCAAAGACCAGAUGGUGCUGUACUUCGUCAUGGACAUGCUACAGAACUUCCCUGGACUUCCUGGAUUGUUUGUGGCGUGUUUGUUCAGUGCAUCUCUCAGUACAAUAUCCUCAGCUUUUAACUCAUUAGCCACGGUGACCAUGGUGGAUCUGAUCAAACCCCAUUACUCAAUGACGGAGGCCAGAGCCACUCUGCUGUCAAAGAUACUGGCUCUAUCAUAUGGGAUUAUAUGUCUGGCUAUGGCUUAUGUCGUGCAUUUGAUGAACAGUUCAGUUCUUCAGGCAGCUCUCAGUAUCUUCGGGAUGGUCGGUGGGCCGCUGCUCGGUCUGUUCUGUCUCGGCAUCUUUUUCCCAUGUGCAAAUAGUAUCGGAGCUGUAAUAGGACUUGCUGCAGGACUAGUCAUGGCUUUCUGGGUUGGCAUUGGUGGCUUUUUGUUCCGGAUACCCAGUUCUGUACAAUUCCUUCCACUUAACUCUACUAACACCAUACCAGCCGCCUCUGAAAACAUCACAGCCGUGCCUGCUCUCAUAGAUGCUGCCAGCAGACCUGUAGGGCUGAAUGGGUUGUAUUCUCUGUCGUACAUGUGGUACAGCGCACUCAACUCCUCCACCGUGGUGCUCAUCGGACUCAUUAUCAGCUUCGUGACUGGCCCAACAAAAGGAGACGAUGUGGCCUCUGGCACAGUGUAUCCUGUGAUGAGAACGGCACGAUCCCUUCUGGACAAGCUUGUGAAGCCGAGCGCUUGCUGUACGGCUCCUUCAGAGCACACGCAGAUCGAUGAUCAUAAAGAAGUGAAUGGAAAUGUAAAGGAGGAUGCUGGAACUGUGGAAGAGACAGAAACAUUUCUCCUAUCAAAUCCAGUGUCUCACGUGGAGCACGAGACCUCCGUAUAGCAAAACCACCAAGAACGGGUUAUCCUGCAAUGCUGAGUAUUGUGAAUAUGAUGUAUAUUUAUGAUGUCAGUAAUGCUAAUUACAGAGAUGUGUGCCUGUAAUUAUUUUGCCUAGGUGUACAUUUUUGUAAUGGACUGUAUAUUUCUGUCACAUUUGUAUUGUUUUGUAUGAGUAGCUGCUGUACAUAAAACCAAAGAAAACUAUUUUUUACAACAUGCACUAAAAUGUUAACGUCUGAUCCAAAUGACAAGGAGAAUGUUCAGCAAAUCAGUUUUUAUAAUAAAAGUAUUUGUGCAUCGUGUGCUGCAGCUUUUCUGGGUGAAUCUCAAAUCUGGCUCAUAUUUCACCCCAAAAUAAAAAUAGGAACAUUAACUUUUGCAUUAAGAUGUUAUUAAAAUAAGAAUAAACAGCACCAUCAAAAUAAUAAUUUUCUGUUUUCUCAGUAUUGUAAUAUGAAUUGUGGGAAGACCGUGUGCUUAAUUAUCAUUAAUACUUUGCAAACAAACUAAGGCUUUAUUUUCCUUAAGCAAAAGAUGUAUUUAUUUAUUUAUUUCAUUUUGGGGUGAUGUAUGACCUGGACAGGUUCUUGAAAUGUUUCACAUUUUGUAAAAUUAAGAUGCAUUCAAGUCCAUAUGCAUACAUACAUUUUUAUU